AUUAAAUUUUUUUUUUCUCAAUGCAAGUUAUUAAACUUCGUUAAGUACAUUUUAUAAAUUAAGCUUAAAGGUUAUAUGAUAGUCAUGUGACAUAGUCAUGUGACUACAAGAGAGAGGAAGUUUAAUGUGUCGUAUAAAUAGCCAAAACGGAAAUUCCCUUGAAAAUUAUUUUUUCUUGUUUUGCAUUUAAAAGGAUCUAAAGAAAACAUACAGUUUUUAAGGCUGUCAAUAUAAUGGCUUUCGCAGCAAGUGACGAAUUCGUUGGAUUAGCGUUGGAUACUGAACUGCAAAAAGGCGUCAUCGAAGAACAACAGCAGCGUGAACCUACUAAAAUCAAUAUAGGGGUGACUGGUCCAACAAAGUCUGGUAAAUCAUCUGUCAUUAACCGACUAAGAAAUGUUUCAUCUACUGAAGAAGGAGCUGCAGAAGUAGACAAUACUAAAACAGAUAGCAGUACUGAUGAUUACAAAUAUUCCCAUAACCAAAAUACCGACAUUUUGCUUUGGGAACUACCUGAUCAAAAAGGCAAAGAGUUUGAUCGGUACGACUUCUUCUUAGUAUUGUCAGAGAAAAAUUUCUUCGAAUCUGAUAAAUGGUACAUAAACAAAAUCUUAGAGACAGAGAGGCCAUGUUUCUUCGUUUGUACUUGUGUAGGUAGAGGUUUCAGUAAAACCAACUCAGCUGCCCUAAAACAUAAAACAUGUAAGGAUACUUUAGAAAAGACAAGGGCAAGUUGUAAGCGAAACCUUGAAUGUUGCGGAAUAAAGAAUCCAACAGUGUUUCUUGUUGAUACUGAUGAUGCUAAAAAUAGUUUCGAGUUUGAGGCAUUGCAAGAUAAACUUCUACCAAUGGUCGAAUCAACAAAGAUUGGAGAAAUUCCAUUUUCUUUUGACUGGACGCAGACAGGAAAGAUAAUGAACUCAAAAAAAGAACUCUUAGAGAAAAGAAUACUCGAGAAGGGAAAGCAGGCUUCAAAAGCUAAAACGGUUGAUGAACGAAAGAAGAUACUACAAGAAGAGGUCAUGUUUCAACAACAGCUGUUUGGAAUUGACGAAGACAAUUUAAAAACAAUCGAAACUAUGUAUAAAUUACCCGAAGAUUUGAACAAAAGAUAUGGUAUUGAAUUUGACACAAGAGCUGGCGAUUCGGAGAAAAAUGUAAUACGUUUUGCCAAAGUUGACGAUGGACGUCUAGAGCGCAGUGCUUCUUUGCGUAUUCGGCGGGCUUCAAAUUUUGUUGUGGGAAUGAUAAGAGGUGAAGUGAUGACAAACCUUUGCAAACGUUGCAUGAAAAUCCUAGAGGAAAGUUUAAAGAUGGUUUUUGACUUAAGGGACCAAUUGAAUAAAGAAGUGAUGACGCACCUUGCUGCGCAAAACGAAAAUAAAGGGAGUAACAUGUGUUAGUUUGAAGUCAAAAUUUCAGGUCAUUCGCUCACUCCGUGAGUUCCAGAAGAUUUAUUCUAAUUGUGAAUAAUGACAAAAUUGAAAAGUGUUGUAACGCUUAUUAAUCAAAUGGGAUAAGAAUGCCAUACAAAUACGAUUAUCAAUUUAUUUCCGAGUAUAUUUCUUAAUCAUUUUUUGUAUAUCUUUUUGUUUUAAGUGUCCCCGCUGAUCUACGUAAAGUUUAUAUUUUUCGGCUUUGGACCUCAGUGGAGUUCCUUUAUGUAUUGCCAAUUCACAUACAGUGCAAAACUUUUUAGUUUGCUCUGAUGGAGACAGUGUGCAUUUUCAU